AUGCCAGAUAGAGUUAAAAAUGAAGACCUGGAAGAAAACAUCACGAAUCGAGGCAGGUCUAUGGAGAAAAUAGGCAGCAGUAUGAGUGAGAAGAGAGGUGGAAGACAGUGGAAUGGAAAUUUUCCAAAGCACGAGAUAAUGAAGGCAAGGAAGAAACCUUUUGAAUGCUCAGUGUGCAGAAAGAGAUUCGGUUUUCGUCAAAAUCUUCAGUCACACCAAAGAACCCACACAAGUGAGAAACAGUUUGAAUGCUCAGAGUGUGGAAAGAGAUUCAGUCAGAGUAGCCAUCUUCAGGUGCACCAGAGAACCCACACAGGGGAGAAACCUUUUGAAUGCUCAGUGUGUGGCAAGGAAUUCAGUGAGCGUGGCAGUCUUCAGAGGCACCAAAGAACUCAUACAAGGGAGAAACCCUUUGAAUGUUCACUGUGUGGAAAGAGAUUUAGUGACAGGGGGAAUCUUCAAGCUCAUCAAAGAAUCCACACAGGGGAGAAACCUUUUGAAUGCUCAGUGUGCGGAAAGAGAUUUAGUCGGAGUGGCAAUCUUCAAAGGCAUCAAAGAACUCACACAGGGGAGAAGCCUUUUGAAUGCUCAGAGUGUGGAAAGAGAUUUGGUUGUAGCGGCUAUCUUCAAGAGCAUCUGAAAACCCACACAGGGGAGAAACCUUUUGCAUGCUCAGAGUGUGAAAAGAGAUUCCGUCGGAGUGGAGAGCUUCGAUAUCAUCAGAGAACCCAUACAGGGGAGAAACCUUUUGAAUGCUCAGAGUGUGGAAAGAGAUUCAGUCGGAGUGGAGAGCUUCGAUAUCAUCAGAGAACCCACACAGGGGAGAAACCUUUUGAAUGCUCAGUGUGCAGAAAGAGAUUUAGUCAGAGUGGCAAUCUUCAAAAGCAUCAAAGAACCCACACAGGGGAGAAACCUUUUGCAUGCUCAGAGUGUGAAAAGAGAUUUGGUUGUAGUGGUCAUCUUCAAGAGCAUCUGAAAACCCACACAGGGGAAAAACCUUUUGCAUGCUCAGAGUGUGGAAAGAGAUUCAUUCGGAGAGGAGAGCUUCGAUAUCAUCAGAGAACCCAC